AUGGCGGAGGGAGAGGUAAACCAAGAUUUUAUUUUCAAGAUGCAAAACCCAUCCGACUCAGCUGUGAUUUUACCUAGCACUCCACGGGCCUGCGCCAACCCACCAUCUCCCUGGACAAGUAGCACAAGAAAACAACCUAUGAGUGCAACACUUGGAGAACAAUUGAGGAAAACUAGAUCUUCAUUUAAUUCCUGUUACAGUGUGGUGAAACAUCUUGAAGUAGAAAAUGAAGAAAACGAUCAGAAUUUCCCUGAGAAACCAGCAUCUUCAACAGAAGAAAACUGUUUGGAACUUCAAGAAAGUUUUAAACACAUAGAUGGUGAAUUCAAAGAAAGUACAUAUUUGAAAAAUACCUUCAAGAGUAUCAGUGCAUGUGAAUCUAAGUCUCUUGAUACUGAGUCUUGCAGUGAUCUCCAAAGUGAUUUUGUGAAUGAGAAUCUUCCAAAACAAGGAUUAAGUGAAGAAAGAGCAAAAUUGGUGAAGCAGAUUGAGGAGAAAGAAGACUUUCUUCAGAGGCUAAAACUGGUCAAAAUGUAUAGAUCAAAGAAUGACCUGUCUCAGUUACAGGUGUUAAUACAGAAGUGGAGAAGCUGUAGCCAGCUGUUGCUUUAUGAGUUGCAGUCAGCUAUGUCUGAGGAGAACAAGAAACUCAGCCUUACUCAGGUAAUAGACCACUGUGGGUUAGAUGAUAAAUUACUACACUAUAACAGAAAUGAAGAAGAGUUUAUCGGUGUUUAA